AGCUCGCCCCUCCUCCGCGCCAACUCCGCCGCCCGCUCCCCAGGCCGCCUGCGCUCCCCGCGCGCCUCCUAGGGCUCCACGCGUCUUGCCCCGAAGAGGCAGCCUCUUUCGGGCGCGGGGCCCAGCACACCAUGGCCCCCGGGCGGACCGGGGCCGGCGCCGCCGUGCGCGCCCGCCUGGCGCUGGCCUUGGCGCUGGCGAGCGUCCUGAGCUGGCCCCCUGCCGUCGCCUGCCCCACCAAGUGUACCUGCUCCGCCGCCAGCGUGGACUGCCACGGGCUGGGCCUCCGAGCUGUUCCUCGGGGCAUUCCCCGCAACGCCGAGCGCCUUGACCUGGACAGAAAUAAUAUCACCAGGAUCUCCAAGAUGGAUUUUGCUGGGCUCAAGAAUCUCCGAGUCUUGCAUCUGGAGGACAACCAGGUCAGCAUUAUUGAGAGAGGUGCCUUCCAGGACCUGAAGCAGCUGGAGAGACUGCGCCUGAACAAGAAUAAGCUCCAAGUCCUUCCAGAAAUGCUUUUCCAGAGCAAUCCGAAGCUCACCAGACUAGAUCUGAGUGAAAACCAGAUCCAGGGGAUUCCGAGGAAGGCAUUUCGUGGCAUCACCGACGUGAAGAACCUGCAACUGGACAACAACCACAUCAGCUGCAUUGAAGAUGGAGCCUUCCGAGCGCUGCGCGGUUUGGAGAUCCUCACCCUCAACAACAACAACAUCAGCCGUAUCUUGGUCACCAGCUUCAACCACAUGCCGAAGAUCCGCACUCUGCGCCUCCACUCCAACCACCUGCACUGUGACUGCCACCUGGCCUGGCUUUCAGAUUGGCUGCGACAGCGGCGGACAGUUGGCCAGUUCACACUCUGCAUGGCUCCGGUGCACCUGAGGGGCUUCAACGUGGCGGACGUGCAGAAGAAGGAGUAUGUGUGCUCAGGCCCCCACUCGGACCCCCCGUCCUGCAACGCCAACUCCAUCUCCUGCCCUUCACCCUGCACUUGCAGCAACAACAUCGUGGACUGUCGCGGGAAGGGCUUGACAGAAAUCCCCGCCAACUUGCCAGAGGGCAUUGUGGAAAUACGCCUGGAACAGAACUCCAUCAAAUCCAUCCCCGCAGGAGCCUUCACCCAGUACAAGAAGCUGAAGCGAAUAGACAUCAGCAAGAAUCAGAUAUCGGAUAUUGCUCCAGAUGCCUUCCAGGGUCUGAAAUCACUCACGUCGCUGGUACUGUAUGGGAACAAGAUCACCGAGAUUGCCAAGGGACUGUUUGAUGGGCUGGUGUCCCUGCAGCUGCUCCUCCUCAAUGCCAACAAGAUCAACUGCCUGCGGGUUAACACCUUCCAGGACCUGCAGGACCUCACCUUGCUCUCCCUGUAUGACAACAAGCUGCAGACCAUCGCCAAGGGGCUCUUCGCCCCUCUGCAGUCCAUCCAGACUCUCCACUUAGCCCAAAACCCAUUUGUGUGCGACUGCCACUUGAAGUGGCUGGCCGACUACCUCCAGGACAACCCCAUUGAGACAAGCGGGGCCCGUUGCAGCAGCCCACGCCGGCUCGCCAACAAGCGCAUCAGCCAGAUCAAGAGCAAGAAGUUCCGCUGCUCAGGCUCCGAGGAUUACCGCAGCAGGUUCAGCAGUGAAUGUUUCAUGGACCUCAUGUGCCCAGAGAAGUGCCGCUGCGAGGGCACCAUCGUGGACUGCUCCAACCAGAAGCUGGCCCGCAUCCCAAGCCACCUCCCUGAAUACGUCACUGACCUGCGACUGAACGACAAUGAGAUAUCUAUUCUAGAGGCCACUGGGAUCUUCAAGAAGUUGCCCAACCUGCGGAAAAUAAACCUGAGUAACAAUAAGAUCAAGGAAGUGCGAGAGGGCGCCUUUGACGGAGCGGCCAGCGUGCAGGAGCUGAUGCUGACGGGGAACCAGCUGGAGACCAUGCACGGGCGCAUGUUCCGUGGCCUCGGUGGCCUCAAAACCCUGAUGCUGAGGAGUAACUUGAUCAGCUGUGUGAGCAACGACACCUUUGCUGGCCUGAGUUCAGUCAGGCUACUGUCUCUCUAUGACAAUCGGAUCACCACCAUCACCCCUGGAGCCUUCACCACGCUUGUGUCCCUGUCUACCAUAAACCUCCUGUCCAACCCCUUCAACUGCAACUGCCACCUGGCCUGGCUGGGCAAGUGGCUGAGGAAGAGACGCAUCGUCAGUGGGAACCCUAGGUGCCAGAAACCGUUUUUCCUCAAGGAGAUUCCCAUCCAAGAUGUGGCCAUCCAGGACUUCACCUGUGAGGGCAACGAUGAGAGCAGCUGCCAGCUGAGCCCGCGCUGCCCAGACCAGUGCACCUGCGUGGACACAGUGGUGCGAUGCAGCAACAAGGGGCUCCGUGCCCUUCCCAAAGGCAUGCCCAAGGACGUGACCGAGCUGUACCUGGAAGGAAACCACCUAACAGCUGUGCCCAGAGAGCUGUCCGCCCUCCGACACCUGACACUCAUUGACCUGAGCAACAACAGCAUCAGUGUGCUGACCAAUUACACCUUCAGUAAUAUGUCUCACCUCUCCACCCUGAUCCUGAGCUACAACCGGCUGAGAUGCAUCCCCAUCCACGCCUUCAACGGGCUGCGGUCUCUCCGAGUGCUAACCCUCCAUGGCAACGACAUUUCCAGCGUUCCUGAAGGCUCCUUCAACGACCUGACGUCUCUUUCCCAUCUGGCUCUGGGAACUAACCCCCUCCACUGUGACUGCAGUCUGCGGUGGCUGUCGGAGUGGGUGAAGGCGGGGUACAAGGAGCCGGGCAUUGCCCGCUGCAGUAGCCCUGAGCCCAUGGCUGACAGGCUCCUGCUCACCACCCCCACCCACCGAUUUCAGUGCAAAGGGCCAGUGGACAUCAACAUCGUGGCCAAAUGCAAUGCCUGCCUUUCUGGCCCAUGCAAGAACAACGGGACCUGCAGCCCAGAUCCUGUGGAGCUGUACCGUUGCACCUGCCCCUACAGCUACAAGGGGAAGGACUGCACCGUGCCCAUCAACACCUGCAUCCAGAACCCCUGUCAGCAUGGAGGCACCUGUCACCUGAGUGACAGCCACAAGGAUGGGUUCAGCUGCUCCUGCCCUCUGGGCUUCGAGGGACAGCGGUGUGAGAUCAACCCAGAUGACUGUGAGGACAAUGACUGUGAAAACAAUGCCACCUGCGUGGACGGGAUCAACAACUAUGUGUGUGUCUGCCCACCUAACUACACAGGUGAGCUAUGCGAUGAGGUGAUUGACCACUGUGUGCCCGAAAUGAACCUCUGUCAGCAUGAGGCCAAGUGCAUCCCCCUGGACAAAGGAUUCAGGUGUGAAUGUGUCCCUGGCUACAGCGGGAAGCUCUGUGAGAUAGACAACGAUGACUGCGUGGCCCACAAGUGCCGCCAUGGGGCCCAGUGCGCAGACGCGGUCAAUGGCUACACGUGCAUCUGCCCCCAGGGCUUCAGUGGGCUCUUCUGUGAGAACCCCCCACCCAUGGUCCUGCUACAGACCAGCCCCUGUGACCAGUAUGAGUGCCAGAACGGAGCCCAGUGCAUCGUGGUGCAACAGGAACCUACCUGCCGCUGUCCCCCGGGUUUCGCUGGCCCCAGGUGUGAGAAGCUCAUCACUGUCAACUUUGUGGGCAAGGACUCCUAUGUGGAACUGGCCUCUGCCAAGGUCCGCCCCCAGGCCAACAUCUCCCUGCAGGUGGCCACUGACAAGGACAAUGGCAUCCUUCUCUACAAGGGAGACAAUGACCCCCUGGCGCUGGAGCUGUACCAGGGCCACGUGAGGCUGGUCUAUGACAGCCUGAGUUCCCCUCCAACCACGGUGUACAGCGUGGAGACAGUGAAUGACGGGCAGUUUCACAGUGUGGAGCUGGUGAUGUUAAACCAAACCCUGAACCUGGUGGUGGACAAAGGCGUGCCCAAGAGCCUCGGGAAGCUCCAGAAGCAGCCAGCAGUGAGCAUCAACAGCCCCCUCUACCUUGGAGGCAUCCCCACCUCCACGGGCCUCUCCGCCCUGCGCCAGGGCACUGACCGGCCGCUGGGUGGCUUCCACGGCUGCAUCCACGAGGUGCGCAUUAACAAUGAGCUGCAGGACUUCAAGGCCCUUCCGCCACAGUCCCUGGGGGUCUCGCCGGGCUGCAAGUCCUGCACCGUGUGCAAGCACGGCCUGUGCCGAUCCGUGGAGAAGGACAGUGUGGUAUGUGAAUGCCACCCCGGCUGGACCGGCCCGCUGUGUGACCAAGAGGUCCAAGACCCCUGCCUUGGCCACAGCUGCAGCCAUGGGAAAUGUGUGGCAACUGGGACCUCAUACGUGUGCAAGUGUGCCGAGGGCUAUGGAGGGGAUUUGUGUGACCACAAGAAUGAUUCCACCAAUGCCUGCUCAGCCUUCAAAUGUCACCAUGGGCAGUGUCACAUCUCAGACCGUGGGGAGCCCUACUGCCUGUGCCAGCCUGGCUUUAGUGGGGAACACUGCCAACAAGAGAAUCCAUGCCUGGGGGAGGUGGUCCGAGAGGUGAUCCGCCGCCAGAAAGGUCACGUGUCAUGUGUCACCGCCUCCAAGGUGCCCAUAAUGGAAUGUCGCGGGGGCUGCGGGGCUCAGUGCUGCCAGCCCACCCGCAGCAAGCGGCGGAAAUACGUGUUCCAGUGCACGGACGGCUCGUCGUUCGUGGAAGAGGUGGAGAGACACUCAGAGUGCGGCUGCCGCUUGUGUUCCUGAGCCUCUGCCCACCGCCUCUCAGACUCCAGCUCAGUGGAGCUAGGACAGCCACGGGGGACCCCCCAACCUUGAAAUUCAGAGUGAAGGAGAUGAAGCCAGAGAGGAAACAGAAGAAGAGAAUAUUAAGUAUAUUGUAAAAUAAACAAAAAAUAGAACUUAUUUUUAUUAUGAAAGUGAUUAUUUUCAUCUUUUAUUAUAUAAAUCUAUCACACCAUCUGAGUAUAUGUACCAUAUAGUGAGUUAUUUUUACCAAGUUUUGUUUUGUGUUGUGUAUUUGUUGUGUUUUUAUAAACGGCUGUUAAAAAUUUUAAGAAAAAAAAGACUAAUAAAAAUGUUUUAAAACAAAA